GUUCAAUUGCAGUGGUGGAAUAUCCACCACACAGCCAAAGAAAACCAUUUAAUUCACAAAAGCCAGUCUCUCUUUAAAGGUGGUAUAAAAGGAAGGGGUGGCUGAGUUUGUUUUGGUGUACGAAACAAGGCAAGUUGGUAAGGAAGGAAGAGCACAAGGAUCAGCUGAAAUAUCUUUGCUAAGACAGAGGACUCUAAACGAAGCUUUCAGAUCUUCUAUUCUGGGAUCGGAGUUUAACAGCCUCAGUUCAGUUCUACAACACUGCAGAAUCAGAACCAUAACCUUAGUCUGACCACACAAGGAGGGAUCAAGUCGAAGAUGCCUGUUAAUGUUUUCUUCAAAGACGCAAGACGUGUUUUCAAGUUUGACACAAUUGGUCGAGAGAUCCUGGAAAUUGCACUUCCUGCUGCUCUAGCUGUUGCAGCUGAUCCUGUAGCUUCUCUUAUUGACACUGCUUUCGUCGGCCAUCUUGGACCAGUGGAACUUGCUGCAGUUGGAGUAUCAAUUGCUAUAUUCAAUCAAGCUUCAAGGAUUACCAUAUUUCCACUUGUAAGUAUUACAACUUCUUUUGUCGCUGAGGAAGAUGCCAUUAGCCAGGCUGCCACCAAAGCAGCAAAAGGUGACAAAGGGAAGCGCUUGGCUGAUGAUCAUUCAGUGAAAGUGAAUGUGCCAGAAGAGCAUGAGAGCGAGGACAGUGAAAAACUUGCAGCAAAACAAGACUCUGUCAACAUGAAUCACGAGCCAACAAAGAGUAUUGUCUCCAUUGAACAAGGUGCAGGAAAAGAAAACAAAGAGAGCUCUUCAACAAAAGAGGGAACAGAAGAAACAGGUCCAGAUAAUAAUGGUGCUCUUCAAGAUUUGGGAAAAGAAUCGGGUGCCAACGUAAUCAAGUCUACCGCUGCUAAGUCCAAAAAGAAAGAAAAGAAGCAAAUUGCAUCCGCAUCAACAGCUCUGAUAUUUGGCUCAAUUCUAGGUCUCAUGCAAGCCAUAUUCCUUGUUUUCGGAGCCAAAUCUUUACUGAAUCUAAUGGGUGUAAAAGAUAAUUCGCCCAUGUUAGCCCCUGCUCACAAGUACUUAACAUUAAGAUCACUUGGUGCUCCUGCUGUUCUUCUGUCGUUGGCCAUGCAAGGGAUCUUUAGAGGGUUCAAGGAUACGAGAACUCCCCUUUACGUUAUCGUUUUGGGAUAUACUGUAAACAUCAUAUUGGACCCUAUUCUCAUCUUUGUGUGCCGUUGGGGGGUCAAAGGUGCAGCUGCUGCUCAUGUUCUUUCUCAGUACUUUAUUGUGUUGGUUCUCUUCUGGAGACUGGUGCAAAAGGUCAAUCUCAUGCCUCCAAGUCUUAAAGAUUUGCAAUUUGGCCGAUUUCUUAAAAAUGGAGGGCUCUUGCUGGCAAGAGUUAUAGCAGUCACCUUCUGUGUGACUCUAGCAGCAGCACUGGCUGCAAGGCUGGGUCCAAUUCCUAUGGCUGCAUUCCAAACUUGCUUGCAAGUCUGGAUGACAUCUUCUUUAUUGUCUGAUGGUUUAGCAGUAGCAGGACAGGCAAUUCUAGCCAGUGCAUUUGCAGAGAAAAACUAUGAAAAGACAACAGCAACGGCUACCAGAGUAUUGCAGAUGAGCUUUAUUCUAGGUGUUGGACUCGCUAUUUUCGUCGGAAUCGGAACGUUCUUCGGAGCAGGAAUCUUUUCAAAAGACAUUCAUGUGCAAUACCUUAUACAUCUAGGAAUUCCGUUCAUCGCAGCUACACAGCCGAUAAACUCACUGGCGUUUGUCUUCGACGGAGUGAACUUUGGAGCUUCAGAUUUUGCGUACUCCGCAUACUCAUUGGUUCUGGUGUCUAUUGUGAGCGUUGUAUCUCUGUUUCUUCUCUCCAAGAGCAAUGGCUUCAUCGGGAUCUGGUCUGCUUUAACCAUCUACAUGUUUCUGCGUACGUUUGUGGGCGUUUGGAGGAUGGGCACAGGAACGGGACCGUGGCGUUACCUGAGGACCAAAAGGCUUCCCUAAAGACAAACUCCAUACAUUUUCUAGCUUCAUAU